AUGGGUCAGCUCAAGUUUGAUGAGCAGAUGUUUAUUAGGAAAGUACUCAUGCGACGGAGUCAGUCUUGUACAACCAGGCGGGUUUCUUCUGUAAUUGCUGUGAGCGUAUAUGUCAUGCUCCAUCAAAGGAGUCCACAUGUGCUAUGUGUAACCCAACGACUGAGAAACACUGAACUGGUAGACCCAUCAUUCCAAUGGCAUGGGCCAAAAGGAAAAAUUGUUUCAGAAAACACCACCGCACAAGUGACAUCCACAGGAAGCCUCAUAUUUCAGAACUUUGACGAGACCAUGAGUGGAGUUUAUACAUGUUUCCUUGAGUACAAACCAACUGUGGAAGAAAUUGUUAAAAAUCUUCAACUGAAAUAUGUUAUUUAUGCUUAUCGUGAACCUCAUUUUUAUUACCAGUUCACAGCACGAUACCAUGCAGCUCCCUGCAAUAGUAUCUAUAACAUCUCUUUUGAGAAGAAACUUCUUCAGAUUUUAAGUAAACUGGUUCUUGACCUUUCCUGUGAAAUUUCCUUGCUUAAGUCCGAAUGCCAUCGUGUUAAAAUGCAAAGAGCUGGUUUGCAAAAUGAAUUAUUCUUCACAUUUUCAGUUUCAUCUAUAGACAGUGAAAAAGGACCCAAGGCAUGUACAGACCAUAAUUGUGAUUCUACCAAAAGAUUAUCUAAGGCUAAAAAUCUUAUAGAGAGAUUUUUUAAUCAGCAAGUAGAAGUUCUGGGCAAACGUGUGGAGCCACUGCCUGAGAUAUACUACAUUGAAGGAACCCUUCAGAUGGUGUGGGUUAACCGCUGCUUUCCAGGGUAUGGAAUAAAUGUGCUCAAACAUCCAAAGUGCCCUGAGUGCUGUGUGAUCUGCAGCCCUGGAUCCUACAAUCCACGGGAUGGAACUCAUUGCCUCCAAUGCAACAGCAGCUUGGUGUAUGGAGCAAAGGCAUGCAUAUAG